CGGUAGGAAUGUUGUUGGGUUGUUGAAAUGUCCUGCUAAAGAAAGAAGAGGAUUAAACCUUCCUCAUGAAUGGAUAUAUCGACCUUCGUUUACCGUAAUUUAAUUGUGUUUUCCCGUCCUCUUUGACUGCGCGGUUUGGCUAAGCUUGCUACGGAAGCUAAUGUCAUGCAUGCAGCCGGGCCCCUAUCCUGCGCUUUGUACACCCCCUUGAGCCAGUGUCCUUCCAGUAGGUGGAGGCUCUUCCUCCCUCUAGGCUCCGUUUCUCCUCACUGCCCCCUUCAACCCCAGAGUUCCCUAUGUUAACCCUCUUGAGCAUGUUUUACUAUAUCUGUCUGCGGCGACGCUCCAGGAGUGGGACUCGAGGCGAGGCUUUGACCAGUCGGCGGGCCGUGGAAUCGGGCCAGCGGGCGGUUUUGCCGGUCACUGUUGAGGUGGAGCAGUAUGCCAAGGAGGUUCUGGAUUUCAGCUCCCACUAUGGCAGUGAGAAUAGCAUGUCGUACACCAUGUGGAACCUGGCCGGUGUUCCCAACGUCUACCCCAGCUCAGGGGACUUCACUCAGACGGCUGUAUUCAGAGCCUACGGGAAGUGGUGGGAACAAUGUGCCAGUGCUCCACCACCUUUUCGCCGCACACCGAAAGGUUUUCAGAGCCAGGAUUAUAUUGAACUGGGCUUCGAGGAGCCUGUCUACCCUACAGCAGUGGAUGUGCUUGAGACUUAUUACCCUGGAGCCAUCGUCCAAAUUCUAGCCUGCUCUCACAACCCCUUCUCCCAGAAUCCACCUACUGAUGUCAGGUGGGAGGUGCUGUGGUCAGGGGAGCCCACCAAGGUGCUGACACCCCAGGCCCGACAGUUUUCCCCCAACAUCAAGCACAUCAGCUUCCCCACCAACCUGCUGCGAAUAGAGGUCAACAGCUCUCUGCUGGACUACUACACCGAGCUGGACGCUGUAAUCCUGCGUGGGGUGAAAGAGCGGCCCAUGCUGGCCCUCUAUAAGAUGCCCAUCAUCGACAUUAAUGAUCUGAGUGACAGCGAGGAGGAGCUGUCGGAUUUUGGGGGUCCUUUCAGACAAGAAGCCAAGAGGACAGGCAACGGCUACUUUGACAAACUGCCUUAUGAGCUCAUCCAGCUGAUUCUGAGCCACCUGACCCUGCCGGACCUCUGCCGUCUGGCCCAGAGCUGUAAGCUGCUGCACCAGCACUGCUGCGACCCGCUGCAGUACACCCAGCUGAGCCUGCAGCCCUACUGGGGCCGGCUGAGUGAUGCCUCCUUGGGACACCUGCAGAGCCGCUGCACUCUCCUCCAGAGGCUCAACCUGUCCUGGACCGGCAACCGUGGAGCUCUCACCCUGAGCGGCUUCAGCAGCUUCAUGAAGGCCUGUGGUCUGAGCCUGGGCUCCCUGGAGCUGUCGUGCUGCCACUUCCUGAACGAGGCCUGCCUGGAGGUCAUCUCUCAGACGUGUCCCGGGCUGCAGGAGCUCAACCUGUCCUCCUGCGACCGCCUCCACCCGCAGGCCUUCACACACAUCUCCAAACUGACACGCCUCCGCAGGCUGGUGCUUUACCGGACCAAGAUAGAGCAAACGGCUAUUCUGAGCAUCCUGACUUUCUGCAUAGAGCUGAGACACCUUAACCUAGGGAGCUGUGUGAGGAUUGAUGACUAUGACAUUGUGGCAAGCAUGCUGGCUGCUCGCUGCCGCUCACUCUGCUCUCUGGACCUGUGGCGCUGCAGAAACCUGACUGAUCGAGGCCUGGCCGAGCUUGUCACCGGCUGCAGGAUGCUGGAGGAGUUGGACCUGGGCUGGUGUCCCACCCUGCAGAGCAGCACCGGGUGUUUCCAGCACCUUGCCCGCAACUUGCCCCGCCUGCGCAAACUCUUCCUCACCGCCAACCGCACCGUCUGCGACCCAGACGUAGAGGAGCUGGCAGCCAGCUGCCCCUCCCUGCAGCACCUCGACAUACUGGGGACACGGUUGGUGAGUCCUGCCUCGCUGAAGAAACUCCUCCAGGCUUGUCCUCGACUCCUCCUCUUGGACGUCUCCUUCUGUUCCCAGAUAGACAUGCGGGUGGUCCAGGAGCUCUCCGGCCUCUUCCCAAACGUGGCCAUCAAGAAGAGCUUCACUCAGUGACCCCCGUCGCGCCACAUUCACCACAGUCCAGAGGAAGUAAAGGAGGAACGUUGAAGCAAACACUGCCCCAAAGUGAAUAAGAGGCAGGUCAGAUGCUGUCAGAGAUUACUGACCUCUCUGCGUCUGACAAGUUCUUCUUUUAACGCUCGGUAAAUAGAGCAGUUGUAGCGGGUGAGGAGGUCCUUUGGAUUAACUGGCUGUAUGAAAACGACUUCUCACAGGAUUACCCAGCGUGAGGCUUUUUAGUUGUUAUUUUUUUUGGACACUUGAAAUCAGGGUUGUUGCAGUAAAGCUGCUGCUUCUUCCCAGAAUCUGAAUCACCACUUGCCAAGCAAUACAAGGCAAGGAAAUAUGCCUUGGUACUGGAUGCAAAACAUGUGUCGUCCCUUGAACAUCUUGUUAAGACAACAACAAGAGACGAUUAAAAAAAAGUGUGAAACAAACCCUUAUUGGAAAAGGCUGCAGUAAGAUUGAGCAGUCACAUAUUUGUGUUAUCUGGUUACCUAAUUUAAGAUCAGGGCCUAAGAAUGUGCAGUAAUCAUGCUUGCUUCUUUAAAGAAGCAUUCUGCCGGCAUAUCUGUCAAGCCACUUUGAUUUAAUAAUAUUAAACCAUACUUGAUGCUGUUGGGUUCUAAGGUGUCAGGAGCUUUACAGGUGGAAUGGAGUGAACGCAGCCUUAUUUCACACGGUUUGAGUGGUGGAAACCUUAAUGCAAAAAGUAUUUUUUGUUGCUGCGGAAUCACAAAUAUCGCAUGUUGAAAAGUAACACACACCGACAACAUGGUUCAUCAAAAACAUACAUGAGAACUUGAAGAAAAAAGCAGUGAUUUCUUUUGGUUUACACAUGCGCUAUAAAUGGCAGAAGGAAAAUAAAACCCCCAUGGCAGGAAAUGACAGAGUGAUAAAAGCGUCAACCACAAAUCAACAGUCCAAAACCAAAAGAUACACGCUUACAAGGAUAUAAAAUAGAAAUGACUAAAUAAAACCAGCCGAGUAAGAACAAAGAUCACACCAGGCCAAAGUUAUUGGAUUAUAAAUGGUAAUGCUUAGGUCAAACAGAUCAUGCUUUGUGUUAGGUCAUCAUUUUGCCAUUUUUAGGGGAAUAAAGAGUUAGUUUGUCUUCUGAUAUUUCACUAAGUCACUGGGUUCCCUAUGCUUCCAUGAAGUCACUAGCUUUCCUGUCGUCUCUCACACUGUCACUGCUGUCUGACUGCUAAUGUGUUGACCUAUCAAAAUGAAGCUCCAGGAUGGACGGAGCGCUGAAGACUUAAGUUGAAAAUAUUAUGUUAAGCACUCUGUGUGACCUCCAGUAUUUUUCCUGAAACUCAGGGGUUAUAAUAUUUCAUCUUGUUUUAAUUAAUUUUACACAUGUUUUCUCUGAACCAGCACAACAGACAUCUUAACAGACCGUGACGCCAGAGAUAGUCAUCAGUGUUGCUCUUAAACAACAAACAAACAUGAUGUAACUGAACAUGAUAUCUGAUUUUGGGUGAGGAAUGUCACAGUAAUUGUAUGAUUGUGAGAUAUACUGCUGUCCCUGAGUAUUUAAUUUUUGUAAUAUAUGAAGCCACAGUUGCAAUGUGGCAGGUGUGAUUGAAAAGCGUUUUAUUUAAAAAAAACAAAAAAGCUUUUAAGCACAUGCUUCUAGUCAAUAUUUGUGCCUUAUAUUCCAGUUUGAAUGUGGUGUGGUGUCCCUUUGGUUAGAUUGUAGAGAAACGCUUUGCUUUUAUGCCCUUCAACCAAAGUAAUAUGCAGAAAGCUGGUCUUUAUUCCUACCACUACUAAUGUAUAUUUGACCAGCUCAAAUGCCAUAUUCUGUCAUCAGCCAUGGUUAUUAAUAUGCUAAUAUGCAAAAUACUAUUUAUUUAUACUUUCCUGUCUGAUCAAAAGUAAUUUAAACAUGUUAUCCCUAUAUUUCAAAUACAGUGGGUUUUUUCUAGCCUAUAGCUUACCACCAAAAUCGGUUGUAUGCCCUUAGCCUAGCUUAACAUGCAUACUCAAACAUUGCAAACAGGGGCAACCAAAUAGUUAGCCUAGCUCUGUCCAAACAUGAUUUUCAACAAGUCCAUUGUGGUCUUAUAUUUUGUUUAUUGAACACAUUAUGAAAACAUGCUAAAAGAUAUUAAUGGUUAGCCUUAGAGCAUUAUUUAUGCUGUGAAAGUGACUGCAUCACAGAUCUCCUUUUCUUAUUAUUGGGCUCGAAAAACAGAAUUCUACAGUAAUCAAAACACAAAGAUACGUUAGUGACAAAUGAUUCCUAUUCUCUGGUGUUGACAGGGAAAGACCUGAACUCAAGUCAUUUUACAUAAAGUUUUAGCAUAUUUUUUAAGUUGAUAACUUUGGAUGUCUGUAUCCAGCAUCACAAAUACGGUCAAAGAGGUAUCAAUAAACAUAUUAUUUCUUAAACAUAAACAUAUGACGUCUUUGUGCUAAGCUAGGCUAACCAUCCUUCAGAUAAAUAAUUCAAAUAAAUAUCAAUCUACUUACUGUAAUCAUGGAUUAGCUGUGAAACCCAAAAAAUGCUGAAAUGUCCCUUGCAUUUUUCGUUGAGAUUGUUAUUGUCAGUCUGAGUGGUGUUUGAACAAAAUGGGGAUGAUAGUGAGGACACACCAGCCCUCCCUUUCAAAUUAUGCUAAUAUAGUUUUGGGAAGAUGAUGUGUACAGUUACUUUCAGCAUCAGCAUUUUUUACUUAGUAUGUGUUCAAUCUCAGAAGGCCACUGUUUGAUCAAUAAAGCAGUAUGGUUUCAAUUCUCUCUUAGCUCCCUUCUUGGGCUGACCCUGAUUUUCUGUGAUGAAUAUGCAUUCUCUCUUCUCCCACUCUGAAAGUGCGAUCCUCGUUUGUGCCAUUGGUUCGACAUGCAGCAAUGCUCCCUGGGCUGCCUUGUAGAAGCAACUGUUGUGUGAAAGGUUUCUGCCUCUGUCAUGAUGAAACUGGGUGCUUCACGUUCACCAGAUUUGAAAUAAACUAAAAGACUGAUGACUGAGGAA